GGACAGAAUCAGUAUAUAUUGUCAUGCAUUAACGAACUCAAACACAGGCUUUGAAGAAGGGCUUCUCGUGGCGUCAUCACAACUAACUACCAAGACAUCUUCCUCCAGAUUACAAUGCAGGCCAGAAUAAUGAAGGCAUUGGUGUUAUGUGUGCUUGUGUGUGUCGGAAACUGUUCAGCUAACCCUGUGGCUGAGAACGAUAAACAGGCAGAUGGCGAGGCGUUCAAAUCCACCAGAAUACAAUUGGGGAGCGAAGAGUUGUACAUAGUCACCGCUACGGAUGGGACACCUCUGGCAGCCAUUGAUGUUAUCCUUGAUGAGGGAUAUGAAAUCGAGCUGACUCUAGACGGCAGUAAAUGUCGCCUUAGCCAGGUUCGUGACAACAGUUCGUGUUUCGACGAGGUUCCACUUGCGGACAAACCGGUUUCUGCGCGUAUUGCUGACCGUUGCAAGGGCAGAGAGAUCGUGACCUUGAAGCCAAUGGAUUGCGACGCCAAGUCCGGUCUCAAAGGAGACGCUCCCAUUCGUGAGAAAAGAGGAUUUUGCUAUGGCGUUCGCCUCGUUUGUUCGUGGGGGUCCGGUUGCAGCCUGCAAGGUUAUGUUUACUGGUGUUAAUUCCACAACUUCGGACGACUGAUACCAGAAUAGAAAAUAUAAUCCAUUUGCUUGCUCAAUAACAACAUUUCUGAACGAUUUAAAAAAAUGGCAUGAAAUGAAAACUUGUUUCAGAUUGAUCCUUUAUGUAUACGUUUAUUUCUAUUAGUAUGACUCUAGUGCUUAUAAUUUAUAAUAAUUAUAAUUAUAGCGUGAUUUUCACAUUUCUGUUAAUUGAUUUUUGACAUUAUAAUUAUAUGUUCUACUCACUAUCAUGACGUAAACACAAAACUUGAUUCAUAAGGACUUUACUUCAUCUUAGUUUCUUACAAACCACAUAAAUUCCACAAUUUUAAAAUAUAAAUGUAAACACUGUUUCACAAAUAAUUUUUCUAAAUGAGCUGUUUGUCUUUAUAAAUCAUAUGGCAAUAAAUUCGCAAUAAACUGCU